AACAGCACGGAGGGAAACCGCACCAAUCUCGACACAGAUCUCGUCGGUCGCAGCAACCGUAAAACACGAGACGCCCGCGGCAACCACUGGGAGCCGACGGGGUGGAUAUGGCAGCACUUGCCGCCCACCACCAGCUCCUCCUCUCUUCCUCCCCCGCACAAAGGACUCGCCGCUGCCGCUCCUCCACGCGCCUCCUCGUCCCGCCACUUGCCCAUGGCCGUUCCAGUUCCAGCUCCAGCGCCGCCAGCCGCGUCCUCAGGCGCGCCGCGGGCGGCGGCGGCACCGGCAGCGCGGCCCCGCCCGCUGCGUCACCGGCGUCGUCGUUGUCCCUGGAGGAGCUGCGCGGGGGCUGCACCACCUGGACGUGGCGAGGGAUGCGCGUGAACUACCUCGCCAGGGGGCAGGGCCCGCCCGUGCUGCUCGUCCACGGCUUCGGCGCCUCCGUCGCGCACUGGCGCAGGAACAUCGGGGUGCUGUCUGAAUCCUACACUGUCUACGCUAUUGAUUUGCUCGGGUUUGGCGCCUCCGACAAACCUCCUGGUUUUGCUUACACAAUGGAGACGUGGGCUCAGUUGAUACUGGAUUUCUUGGAGGAAGUCGUCAAGAGGCCAACGGUGCUCGUCGGCAACUCGGUUGGAAGCCUUGCGUGCGUCAUUGCUGCGUCAGAGUCCACAAGAGAUGCCGUCCGGGGGCUUGUUCUGCUCAAUUGCGCGGGCGGCAUGAACAACAAGGCGAUCGUCGAUGACUGGAGGAUCAAGUUGCUCUUGCCUCUGCUCUGGCUGGUCGAUUUCCUUCUGAAUCAACGGCCAAUAGCAUCAGCACUCUUCGAGCGCGUGAAAGACAGGAACAAUCUGAAGGACAUCUUACUCUCUGUCUACGGAAACAAAGAGGCAGUGGAUGAUGAAUUAGUCGAGAUCAUAAGAGGACCGGCUGACACCGAGGGUGCCCUGGACGCGUUCGUGUCGACGGUGACCGGCCCGCCGGGCCCGAGCCCGAUAGCGCUGAUGCCGAGGCUGGCCGGCGUGCCCGUGCUGGUGCUGUGGGGGGACCGGGACCCGUUCACCCCGAUCGACGGGCCCGUGGGGAGGUUCUUCUCGGCGCUGCCCUCCGAGCUCCCCAACGUGACGCUCCACAUGCUGGAGGGCGUCGGGCACUGCCCGCACGACGACCGGCCGGACCUCGUCCACGACAGGCUGCUCCCGUGGCUGCAGGGCCUCCCGCCCCCCGCGGCCGAGGCUGCCGGCGGUGCGGUGUAACUCUAUGCUUGCAAAGGACCCGUACGUUGCUUCGCUUCAACGUAUGUAGUGAAGUUAAAAUUUCGCUUC